AUGGCGAACCCGAGAAUAGAAGAACUUCCAGACGACGAGCCCUCGAAGAAGGUCGCGGCUGAUGAUGCGUCCAGCUCAUCCGACUCCGAGGCUGAGGGUGCGGGAGAGGGAGAGGCUAACAUCCCCGCUGGCUCUGCCGUCGCAGUCCACAGCCGUAACGAGAAGAAGGCGCGAAAGGCUAUUGGCAAGUUGGGCUUGAAGCAUGUCCCGGGCAUCACACGAGUCACGUUGAGAAGACCCAAGGGUAUUCUCUUCGUCAUCUCAAACCCUGAUGUCUACCGCUCGCCAACCAGCAACACCUGGAUCAUCUUCGGGGAGGCCAAGAUUGAAGAUCUCAACUCCCAGUCACAAGCCGCCGCUGCUCAGCAGUUGGCUGCCGCCGAAGCCGCCAACACGGAUCACUCUGGUCACGACCACGGCGCUGAGAAUGGCAAGGGCAAGGCCGUCGAAGACAAGAAGCCCGAGGAGGAAGAUGAUGAUGACGAAGAAGUGGACGACAGUGGUCUCGAGGCUAAGGACAUCGAACUGGUCAUGACCCAGGCCUCGGUGUCGCGGAAGAAAGCCAUCAAAGCCCUCAAGGAGAAUGGCAAUGACAUUGUCAACUCCAUUAUGGCGCUAAGUGUAUGA